AUGACUUCAAAAGAUAUAGACAAUGCUUUAAAUGAUGACCCCAACAUCAUAAUAACCAGACCUGACAAAGGAAAAGGUGUGAUAUUGGAGAGAAAUGAAUACGUCACUAAAGUAAAUAUAUUGCUAUCAGACCAUACAAAAUUUAAAAAGUUAGAAAAUGAGCCCUUUUCUAAAAUCAUUCAGUUAGAGGACAAACUGAAUAGAAUGCUAAAAUGUUUGAAAGACAGUGACACCAUUUCCUCUGAUACAUAUAAUCAACUCAGAACAUCUGGCUCUGGCUCUUUACCUGGAAUGUUAUAUGGACUAUCAAAAAUUCAUGAACUCGAUGUGCCUAUCAGACCUAUCUUGUCAGCUUUAAAAACAUUUAACUAUAAUCUGGUUAAAUUCUUAGUGCCAGUUCUCAAACCUAUAACUACCAAUGAAUACACUGUCCAAAAUUCUUUUGAUUUUGCAAAGCAGAUGUCCACAAUAAGUCUUGAAAACCAUGUUAUAAUGACUAGUUUUGACAUAAAGUCAUUUAUAAACAUACCUUUGAAAGAAACAAUGGAUAUUUGUACAAACAGAUUGCUUGAGAAUAGUGAUAAUGUGCAUAACCUUACAAGACACCAAUUCAAGAAAUUGUUAAAAUUAUCUGUGGAAGAUUCAAUUUUCAUGCUCAACAAUCAAUUGUACUCCCAAACUGAUGGUGUAGCAAUGGGAAACCCGCUUGGCCCAACUCUCGCAAACGCGUUUUUAUGCUAUCACUAG